AUGGUCUUGAUCUUAGUUUGUGAUACCAUUCAUUGCGCAAAGGAAGUUGUGUACGAUAGCCAAGUGAAGCUGCGAGCCGUAACUGCUAGAGGAGAUGACUUAAAGCCGACGGGAACCAUGAGUGGAGGAGCUCCUGAUCGCCGAGGACCAAUCCUUAUGGAUCUUAUUGACUACACUACGUUCAAGUCAGAAAUCGCUUGGAAACAAGCUGAAAUGGAAAAGCUUGGAAAAGAAGUAUCGAAGUACGAUAAAGUUCGUGGCCGAUACUCGGAAUUAAAGGACAAACUGGAACGUGCUUCUGCUCGUUUGGAAGCCUUAAAAGAAUCAUUUAAGGACGGUCCUUUGCAGCAACUGAGCGAAGAGAUUAAAGUACUCGAAAAGGUGGUUAAUUCUAGGAUUAGUCUGGCUGAUUUUGGGAUACAUGUUCCAUCAAUCUUUCCUAAUGAGACAGUGAUCCAGUUUGAUUAUUUCUUGGCUUCAGGAUCUUCCGGAAUGUGA